GUGUGAAAUUUUAAGAUUGUUUUUUUGGGCCAUGGAAUCUGACAAAGCUUAAUCAAGCGUUUAGCAAAGUCGAGGGCUAGGGGAAGAUAUCACGAAUGGACUCUCUCCAAUACAGCGUGGCUUUGCCAGAGCGCCUGACAUCAACUGGGCCAUGGCUAGUGCACAGGUCGGCUACAUCCCCAGAGCAGCUCGUGGAUAGCUUUCCACCUCCAGAUGAUCACAUCAGGACGCUGCAUGACAAUUAUGAGCACAGCUUUGCGACCUUCCCAAAGGUGCCCUAUCUCGGGCAGAGGAUGGUAGACGAGAAGGGCAAGGCGGGCCCCUACCACUGGAUGACAUACUCAGAGGUGGCCAAGGCGCGCACAGACAUCGGCUCUGGGCUGCUGCACUUUGGCCUCAGCAGCGGAUGCACCAUGGGGCUCUACUCCGUCAACUGCAGAGACUGGGUGCUUGUGGAGGCGGCCUGCGUGUCGUACUCCAUCGUGACGGUGCCGCUGUAUGACACGCUGGGGCCGGACGCGGUACGCUACAUCAGCAACCACGCGGAGCUGCGCGCUGUGGCGUGCUCCGUCGCGCUGCUGCCCAUCCUGCUGCAGAACCAGCAAGCCUGCCCCUCCAUCUCCCUUGUGGUGGUGUUUGGGCUGAGGAAGGGGCAGCGGCUGCCGCGGGUGGCGCCGGGGCUUAAGGCGCGCGUGGUCACGCUGGAGGCGGUGGCGGCGGCUGGCCGGGAGCAUCCGCGCGCGCACAUCUUGCCACAGCCGGCCGACACGGCGACGCUGUGCUACACCAGCGGCACUACGGGCAUCCCCAAGGGCGCCAUCCUGUCGCACGCCAACCUCAUCGCCGACGCCGCCGGAUCCAACAGCCUCCUCAACGCCCAGCCCGGCGACCGGCACAUCUCGUACCUGCCGCUGGCGCACAUCUACGAGCGCGUCACCCUCGUGGGCGUCACUCACGGCGGCGUCUCCAUCGGCUUCUACAGAGGGGAUGUGGCAGAGCUGCUGGAGGACGUGCUGGAGCUGCGACCGACGAUAUUCACGAGCGUGCCGCGGCUGUGGAACCGCAUCUACGACCGCGUCAUGGGCACCAUCCGCGCGGGCAACCCCGUCGCGCGCCGCCUCUUCGCGGCCGCCUACGCCUCCAAGAAGGCCGCCCUGCAGGCGGGCGACCUCUCCGGCGGCCGCUUUGGGCCCUUCUGGGACCGCCUCGUCUUCUCCAAAAUCAAGGCUCGCCUGGGUGGUGAGGUGAGGAUAAUGACGACGGGGGCGUCGCCGAUCAGCGCGGAGGUGAUCGACUUCAUGCGCAUCUGCUUCGGGGCGACGGUGAUUGAGGGCUACGGCAUGACUGAGACGGCGUGCACCAUUUCCAUGACGCUGCCCGAGGACACCUCGUCCGGCCACGUGGGCGGGCCGCUGCCCUGCUGCGAGGUCAAGCUGGAAGACAUCCCCGAGAUGGGCUACACCAACGGAGACCGGCCCUGCCCCCGCGGAGAGAUCUGCGUGCGUGGGCCAACGGUGUUCCAGGGGUACUACAAGGACGAGGCGCAGACGCGGGAGAUCCUGGACGCGGACGGCUGGCUGCACACGGGCGACAUCGGCCUCUGGCUGCCAGGCGGCCGCCUCAAGAUCAUCGACCGCAAGAAGAACAUCUUCAAGCUCGCCCAGGGGGAGUACAUAGCGCCGGAGAAGAUAGAGAACGUGUACAUGCGCUCGCCGUUUGUGGCGCAAGCAUUCGUAUAUGGGGACAGCCUGCAGGCGCACCUGGUGGCCGUGAUAGUGCCCGACCCGGACACACUGCUGCCCUGGGCGGCCGCGCGGGGCCUGCCGCAGGACCUCAACCGCCUGGUCGCCGACCCCACCAUCACCACCGCCGUCUUCAACUCCAUCCUGGAGGAGGGCCGCACCUCCAAGCUGCGCGGCUUCGAGCAGGUGGCUGCAAUAACGCUGGUGGCAGAGCAGUUCAGCGUUGAGAACAACUUGCUCACGCCCACGUUCAAGCUGAAGCGGCCGCAGGCCAAGGCUGCCUUCCAGGAAGCCAUUGAAAGGAUGUACGCGAAAACGGCAGCCUCUUCCCAUCAGGCCUUUGAGGGUUGAAUUUUUUGGUUAGGAUUAGGAGAGUUCUGUUGUAGUGGUCUAGGAGUAGUGGGUUUGUCAACAAUCGUUGAAGCUCAGAAGACAGUCCUCUUGGACGAAGGUGGGGCCUAGGAUUAGGAUCACAUGCACAAUGUACAAAUUUUAGUUGUUAGCCCCUUUCACUUGGUGUCGAUACCUGGUGAAUUUGUCUUUUUCGCGAAUGGCCCAAUCCUGGUGACAUCACCUGUGUGUCUCUGUCCGCAGCAGCUACUGUGCUUGUUUGAAUUGUACGAUACUUCCUUGACACUGAGCGAGGUUCUGUGGCCCUGAAAUCAUGGAUCUGAUUGUGUACAGCUGUGAGAUCUUGCACGCUCAGCAGGCUGCUUUAUAGCAACUCUAGCUCGUUUUACAAUAUUGCCCUCUCUGCAGAAUUCUGUAAGUGCUUGCUUAGGCCGUGAACUCGAGCUCGUGAUGUGCACUUGACCCAAGAGGCAUGUGCUGUAGCUACCUAGGCUAGGACUUUCAUGAAGAAACUUUUCAAGC